AUGAAAGCACCCCAAAGCAAAAAGGAGGUCCAACAGCUGACCGGACGAUUAGCUGCGCUAACCCGGUUUCUUCCAAAAUUGGCUGAAAAUGCCCUCCCAUUCUUUAAACUUUUAAAGAAAGAAGCAACUGACGGAUGGAACCCGGCAUGUGAAGCCGCGUUUGAGAAGAUAAAGAAAUGUUUAUCAACUCCACCAAUCCUCUCAAAGCCAAACCCAGGAGAUGUUCUAAUUCUGUAUUUGGCAGUAGAGGAGGAAGCAAUAAGCGUUGUACUGAUCAAAGAAAUUAACGAAGGCCAGGAGCCAAUUUACUUUGUCAGUAGAACUUUACAAGGUGCAGAGGUCAGGUAUCAAAAGCUAGAGAAGGUAGCUUUUGCUUUGCUGGUCACGACUAGAAGGUUGCGGCCGUAUUUCCAAGGCCAUCAAAUAAUCGUCAGGACUAACCAGCCUAUUCGACAGGUGUUGCACAAGCCGGACUUGGAAGGAAGAAUGACUAACUGGGCAAUAGAACUCAGUGAAUAUGACAUAACAUAUGAAAGCCGGAAAGCAAUCAAAGCACAAGCAUUAGCUGACUUCAUAAUGGAAUUGAAGCCACUGAACUCGGAACAUGAGGAACCCGGCGAUACAUGGAAGGUCUACGUAGACAGAUCUUCCAACAAUAAAAGAAGUGGGGCUGGAAUCAUAUUAGAAAGCCCAGAAGGAGUAACCAUUGAGCAUUCUCUGAACUUGAAAUUCCCAACCUCAAAUAAUCAAGCUGAAUACGAAGCUCUAAUAGCUGGGUUGAUCCAGGCUAAAGAACACGGAGCUAGGAAAGUGCAAAUCUUUAGCGAGUCACAGCUGGUAACCUCACAGAUAGAAGGAAAGUACCAAGCCAAAGGUCCUCUACUGAUGAAGUACCUGAAUCGAGUUCAGGAAAUCAUGGCCGACUUUGAUGAGGUUCGGGUUGCUCACAUCCCACGAGGGGAGAAUAGCCGAGCUGACAUCUCUUCGAAGUUAGCCAGUACCAAAAAUCCGAGUAAUCACAGAACCGUGGUUCAGCAAAGUAUAACAACGCCGAGUUGCGUGAUGGUGAUAACCUCCGCAAACGACUGGAGGAAACCUCUGGUCGAUUAUCUGGAGAAUGGAAUACUGCCAGAGGAUCACCUGGAAGCUAGGAAGCUGGUCCGAGAUGCGACACAAUAUGCGAUCGUGAAUGACCAGCUAUUCAGAAAGGGUUUGCACAACCCCAUGCUAAAAUUCUUGAACUCGGACGGAGCAGAGUACGUCCUCGCCGAGAUCCAUGAAGGAAUAAACAGCCAUCACAUGAGUGGCAAAGCCUUGUCAGAAAGGCCCUCAGAGCUGGUUAUUACUGGCCGACAAUGGGGGCAGAUUCUAUAG